CCUUAUUGGCUGAGAACGUGAGAAACGCUCACAGGGGGAAAAUGGCGGCCCUGGGGCUGCCUUUGCGCACUUUCCGUUGCCUCUUGCGUGAGCUUCGUUAUGCUAAAUCGGAGGCUGGUCGUUCGUACCAAGGCAUGGCGGCUUGUCUGUAUUUGAAGGAGGCCUUCCGCGCUCAUCGGGUAACCAGUGAAAAAUUAUGCAGGGCCCAACAUGAUCUACAUUUCCAGGCUACCACUUAUCUCUGUCUUCUGCGCAGUGUCCGUAAGCACCGAGCACUGCAUCAAGAAUAUCAUGGCAGUGGAGAGCGUUCACCAGAAGAAGUGGCUGGGCUCGUGGGCCUUAAGCUACCUCACCAGCCUGGAGGGAAAGGUUGGGAGUCAUAGAUAUGAAAUAAUUUGCUAAUCUUAAAAGAACUUUAAGUAAAAAUGCUUUUAUUUAAUAGUAGUGGUUAAUUGAAUUGCUUUCAAUGUUCAUGUACAGAUGGAGCAAUUGCCUGCAAGUUCUUCUUCUUGUGUUUUUCAUUCAAUGCUCAUGUUCACCCUGUAGUGAUAAAACUAAAGAUAUAUAUAUAAAUGAUUGUUCAGUUGCCUUGCCAA